CAGACUCCAGAGAAGGUUGGACAAUAUAAAAGCAACCUGUUCUUGACGGACUGAGUAUUAGUUCCACUUUUUCUUGCACCGUAGAAGGUAAUCCCCACGUGAACAAGGAGUAUUUUUCAAGAUGAAACUGUUCAUCACAGCAUUCGCAUUGAUCGUGGCGGUUUCCGCCGACUUCACGGUUCAAACGAGGGAAGACCUAUUACGCUACAGGUCGGAGUGCGCUUCCUCGCUGAACAUCCCAGAGGAAACGGUUGAGAAGUACAAGAAAUGGGAAUUCCCGGAGGAAGACAGCACCAAGUGCUACAUCAAGUGUGUCUUCAACAAGAUGCAUCUGUUCGACGACACUACCGGACCGAAUGUGGACAAUCUGGUACAGCAGUUGGCUCACGGUCGUGACGCCGAUGAAGUUCGCGCAGAGGUUGUCAAGUGUGUCGACAAAAACACCGAUGAUAACGCCUGCCACUGGGCCUUCCGUGGAUUCAAGUGCUUCCAGAAGAACAACCUGCAGCUGAUCAAGUCCAGCAUCAAGAAGGACUAAGUGCAGCGAGCUGAUCGCGUUCAUCGUGAUAAUGUUGUUUUAGCAUUCCGUGCCGACGUUAUGUCCGAAGAUAGGUGGAAACUAAAUAAAGCAAUUCUAUAAAUGAA